AGAGAGAGAGAUGUGAGCGAAGAGCAGGAAACGAGGCGGCCGUGAUCGCGGCUACGACUUGUUGUUAUUAUCGCGGUCGCCGUCGGCAGCCAAGCACUGACAGCGUUGACCCGGAGGUUCGUCCGAGCCGCAGUUCACCGUCCGACAGCUGGGUAUCGUCCGACUGAGUGAGACACGAACGAGAGCACCGCACGACAUGAGGCGAGUCCAGCGGCUGUGAUCGCUGUCAUUUUAAUUCGGACACCGCCGGCCUCGGCUGCGACAGCAAACAAUGCCGGCGCUCAAGCUGUUCGGCAGGAGAUGGCUACUUGGCAGUGAUGACUUUGUCCUGCCGGGGGCACUCGAAUUGGCACUCAAACUCCCCUGGCUGGGCCUGAUUCUGGUGGUGGUCGUGCGAGAGUGGAUAUUGUCGGACGACGGGUGUCCCAACCUGCCGCCCCUGGACCCGGUGCUGGCCGCAAUCAGGACGCGGCUUGUCGAGCGGCUGCGCGUCUACGUGUUGGUCAGCGCCCUUCUGCUGUUGACGAGCACCAUCACCGUCGCUGUGCUCAUCGUCCACAGCGCCCGCGGCUCUCCCAUCGAGGAGGAUGCGCGCAAAAACGUGCCAUAUAUACUCAAAUUCAAAUUCUCUCUGAUGUUCCCUGAGCUGAUCUGGAACAUCUUUGGCAGCCUGUGGGUGUACGAGUUGGGCGAGGUGAUGCCCCGCUGCCCUGGCGAAGCCUUCGCGUCCACAGUCAUCAAAGGCGUGCUGAUCUUCAACUGGGUUUCGCUGACGGCUACCCUAUUUGGCUUGGCGUUGCUGUUUGACCCUAUGGGCUCGUCCAGGUUCUACGCGCCCUGCGAUGGCGGCACCACCUGCGAGGAUCACCAACAUGAGCGGUACGCGGAACGCAGCCGCGACAUCUGGCUGCGCCGCUUCUCCUGGCUCUUCUGCUGGAUGCAGCCUGACGAGCAUAGCAGAACUGCCUUCAACGAUGUUGCUGGUCUAUUCAGCGCCCUGUUCCGCAGCACAAACCUCGUUCCGUCGGACGUAGCAGCCGCCUUCGUCCUCCUCAGGGUCAGACAGAAACAAGAGGUGCGCUUGCAGCGCGAGAAGCUGGCCGAGAGCCGCGGCGACCAGGAGUGGACGCAACAUUUUCCAACGCACGCACAGGGUAUCUCGGCACCUUUAAAUCUUGACGAGGAGACGCGAAUCAUCGGUGCUCCCGACUGGAUGAAGCUCAGCACAGCCAAGCACUACCUUAAAUUCUCAAUGGCAGCUUACGGAUGGCCGCUGGUCAUGUACCUCCACUGCUUCACUGGUUUAUUCCGACUGCUACCAUACAUGUCCUGUUGCGGUUGCAUCAGGUCAAAGACACCAAGAGUGGUGGAAGACAACUGCUGCCUUUGCAAUGUGGCCGGCAUGCGGACGCUCUCAGGCGUUCCGUCGCACGACAUUCUCUAUGCGUCGUUCCGCAACAGACUGUUUGAAGUUCCUUUCCUAGUGGUGGCCGACCACUCAACCAAGAGCAUCGUCGUGGUGAUGCGCGGCUCCAUCUCGGUGCGUGACAUCUUUACAGACUUCACGGCCGCUUCAUACGAGCUGGAGGCACCUGAGCUGCCCCCAAAUUGCAAGGGUCACAAGGGAAUGAUCCACGUCGCCCAAUACGUCCUGAAGACCCUGGAGCAGGAGCAUGUUCUCACCGAGGCGUUUGAUAGCUACCCAGACUAUGAGCUCGUUCUCACAGGCCACAGUUUGGGUGCUGGAGUUGCUGUCAUGCUCGGUCUGAUGUUAAAACCGACCUACCCUAAGCUUAGGUGCUUUGCUUUCGCGGCGCCAGGCGGUCUUCUGUGCCCUGAAGCGGCAGUGGCCAGCGAGUCAUUCACCCUGACUGUCGGCCUUGGCGACGACCUCGUCAUGAGGCUCGGAGUGGACAGCAUUGAGAACUUGAGAACUGACCUUUUGACUGCAAUACAUCGCUGCGUUGAGCCCAAGUACCGAAUGCUGGUGGAUGGGUUCAUGUAUGUGCUAUUCGGAGUGCCAGACAGAGUACUGGAGCGGACUUGGGAGAACGCGAACGCAGACGAAAAGCGGAAGAGGAGAUCGACCAGCCAGUACCGCACCAUCAAAAAGCUUGUUAUAGGUCCCGCACAUUCCAUCGAGGCGUCUCGCCUGGCGUGCAAUGUGGCCAGUCGCCGCUUUUCCGAGCAGCGCCUCUACUCGCCUGGCAAAAUUCUGCAUAUCACACGGUGCAAGAGCGCAGGGCCGAACGGAACCGAUCGGCGGCGCCACCACGAGCUUCGAUGGGCCAGCAAGGAGCAUUUCACGCAGCUGCGCGUGAUGCCGCGCAUGAUCCUGGACCACCUGCCCGAGAACAUUCUGGCCGCGCUGGAUGACCUGCUGGACGAACACGAGCAGCGCGUGUCCAGUGGCCUGGAGAGCGUCGAGGUCUCCUCCUCGUGAGCGCUUCCCUGCUUUGUUUUUAUAGAACUGAAUCUGACAAGAAACCUUUCUGCUUUACUCUCUUUUUACGCUGUGACCGACCAAUGUGAAUUUUGAGCAUGACGAAGAGUGAUAUUUUUUAUAUAACGCGUACGCAUCGUCGAAUGCAGUGCUGAUUUUUAGCUGUCGCAACGCUACACAUUCCCUCUAAUCUAUUUAUGUGAACAUGCAUUCAUGUCUAUAUAUUUAGCUAUUUAUUAUUGCAUUGUGAGAACUGAGAACGGAUAUAUUGUUGAAUUUUAAUACCAAAAUGUUUUGUUCCCUGAUGACGUUUGUAAAUGUUUUAAAAUAAAAAAACAAUUAGAUUUUA